AAGUCCGGCUGACGGACGGAGACGAUCCAGCGACGCCACUAACAAGACGAAGAAGAAGAAGAAGAAUAUUCGCCUGAGCUGAGAAACUAAUCUUCAACCAAAGAGGAAUAAUUGGAGACGUUAUUAGAACGUGACCGGAUGUAAAUGUCUGACUCUCAGAUGGAUUGUGUAGCUGAGGACGCCCUGGGGACAUAAACCUCUCAGGUCCCUGUUGAGCGACUGACCGACAGGCGGCCAUCUUGGGGACACAGACCGACAGCAGCUGCUCCAGCCAGGGCCCCUCCUGAUCCCUCCCCGCCCCCCAGGCUCAGCGCCCCCUGCUGGGCAGCAUGGAGCCUGGAAUCAGCCGGCUGCCCCUCCAGGUGCUGGGAGAGAACGAGGCGCUGCAGCAGUUCUUCAGCGGUCAGGAUGUGAGUGGGGUGUUGGACAACCAUGUCGCCGUGGAUACCAGCAUCCUGGAGCAGUAUAUCAGCAAUGACAUGCACCCCAGCAACUUCAUGCUCCCUGAGUCUCCUCCCGACUCGAGCUCGGAGGCCUAUUCACCUGCACAGAUACCAGACUUCCAUCAGAAGCCGCCCUACUGGUCCAACCAGCCGACCGGCCAGGGGGUGUUCCAACCCUCAGCCCAGUCUGCUGCUUCUUCGUCCUGUCGCUUUAAGGAUCGUGACUCUGCCCCCGCCCAACAUGACCUGCUGACCUACAAUCAGCUUCGCAGCCUGGGCCUAACUAACACUUACAUUAAGUCUGGGAGACCACCCAUCCCCCCUUCUGCCCCUGGGCCCCUGCACCAGCAAUUGCACCACUCACCUGAACAUGUACACUACCUGAGUCCGGAGAGCUGCUCGCAUAUUUACGCCCCACCCACACCUCCUUCUCCGCCCCUUCCUCCCGCCAACAGCUACGCUGUACCAUACGCUGGUCCCGGCAUGGUGCCACAUUUAACCACACCUGUGUCAACCUGUAUGUUGGGCUCCGCCCCCACGCUGAACAGCCACUCCCCAGAAAGUAAAAAGAGGAGGAGAUCCGAGUGUGAGGAACCAUCGGCGGGAAUUGACGCCUCCUGCAGUGAUUGCGAAGGGACUUGUGGCGGCAGCAUAGGGAACGGAAGAGCCGGCAGUGGAUUGAACUUGGGAUCCUACCAACUUCUGACCUGGGAACAGUAUACGCCGGAACAGUGGAGCACGAUGUACGACAGCAGCCACCAGACACUGUGUCCUCCUGCCGUCCACGUCGACACAGACAAAGGCUUCAACUACUCGUCAGCUGACGAGUCCUUCAUUUGCCAGAAGAAGAAUCACUUUCAGGUCACCAUUCAGAUCGGUGUAGCCGCGGAGCCACAGUACGUCAGGACCCCGACCGGGACGCAGGAGGUCGACCACUUCCUAAUCAAAGUGUUUGGGGUCAAGCUGGAAGCUCCGAGCCACCAGGUGACCAUCGAGCAAUCUCAGCCCGAUCGCAGCAAGAAGCCCUUCCACCCUGUCAGGGUCGACCUUCCCAGUGGAAAGAUGACGAAGGUAACGCUCGGCCGACUGCACUUCAGCGAGACAACGGCCAACAACAUGAGGAAGAAAGGCAAACCCAACCCUGACCAGAGGUAUUUUCAGAUGGUGGUCGGCCUGUACGCUGCGGCGGGAGAGGACACGUUCCUCCUGACAGCUCUGGUGUCAGAGAGACUCAUCGUCAGGGCGUCGAACCCCGGUCAGUUUGAGAUGGACGGCGACGCCCUGUGGCAGCGCGGGGCCGCGCAGGACACCGUGGUCUGUCAGGGUCGGGUGGGCAUCAACACCGACUCGCCCGACGAGGCCCUGGUCGUCUGCGGCAACGCCAAGGUGAUGGGAACCAUCAUGCAGCCGUCCGACUCCCGCGUCAAAGAAAACAUACAGGAGGUCGACUCGGAGCAGCAGCUGAAGAGAAUCACUCAGAUGAGAAUCGUCGAGUUUGAUUAUAAACCAGAGUUCGCCUCCACCAUGGGGAUGGACCACACGCACCAGACAGGUAUAAUAGCUCAGGAGGUGAAGGAGCUGCUGCCGACGGCGGUGAAGGAAGUCGGAGACGUCACAUAUUCAGACGGAGAGAAGAUUGAAAACUUCCUCAUGGUGGACAAGGAGCAGAUCUUCAUGGAGAACGUCGGGGCCGUGCAGCAGCUGUCGAAGCUCACCGAUAACCUGGAGACCCGGAUCAAGGACCUGGAGGUGUGGAACCGUCGCCUGGCCAAACUGAAGAGUCUGACGGGAAGCCUGCGCUCCACCGGGAAACCCCGGACGAGCGCCAGCGUGUCGUCGACGGCGAGCGCCGACACGUGUAAGACGACGGGGGACGACGUCCCGGAGGAAGGAUGGAGUCGGAAGUACAGCCACUGUCUGCGGCACAGGGUGUUCCGGGCCAGCGUCUUCAGCCUGCUGGCCACCGUGGCCUUCUGCAUCAUCUCCAUCACUGCUCUGUACCUGUUGAACCUGAAGGAGAAAGGCGCUGAGUUUCCCAGCAGCGGCGACAGCGACCCCCUGCACACCACAGUCCGGAGCAGCGCAGUCCCGCCCACCCGGCCCCCCGGCCCCUGGCCUCCGUACGUGGACUUCUGUGACCUGUUGUACUGCGAUCAGGUGCACUGCUGCCCGUCGCCAGCAGGGGGCGGCGACUUCAACGUGACCGCCACUGAAUCAGCAGCGACGGAAGAAUCUGACGUGAACGAAAAAAGACGAGAAAAACUUUAUCACAAGCUGAAAAGCGCCAGAGACUGGACAAACACCACCAUCCACUCCUUCAGGAUCAAGGAGAACCAGCAGCUGAUCGACAGCAAAUACUGUCUGAGAGACGAGUGUGGUCCAGACAGAUUCAUCUUCAGAGUUCCCAUCAGCCCGUUCGUCCCGGUCAACAUGAGAGUUACUCUGCUCAUGAACUCCACGGAGCUGCUGGUCGUGUAUCUGUGUCGGCUCGACGAGUCCGUGGCCUGUUCUGCUCUUCUGGAUAUCAACACCGUCACCGGCAGCAGAUAUCCAUCAAACACGCAGGGGGAACACGAGUGGCCGCUGCAUGUGGCUCGACUGUAUCACAGCACGUAUCACUUUCGCUCCACAGUCGCCGGUCAAGCCGACUGCAGUACCGACCACCACUACGCGGGGGCGCUCUUCACCGACUACAUCUUCCACUUCUACAGACACUGUACAGACUCGCUAACAAACACCUGAAAAUAUCACAUUUUAAUGUAUUGAGUGCAAAACAUAUGACAUAUUUACUUCGACAAAUAAAUUGUUGUUGAAGAUGCAAAUGUUUUUUUUUUACUAUGAUAUGAAUCAUUCUUGCUGAUAUAAUAAACUCCAUCAUCGCAAAAUGUAGAAAAUA